AUGAAUCCAACAGUUCCAUCUUCAGUGGAAGAUUUAGUCGAUGAGACGGCUAUUCAAGCACUUGCCGCUCAAAUUGCUACCACUCGACAAAUCUAUGCAUCCUCAAAUUCGUCUAAUCCUGCUGCAAUAACUGUUUCUACAAAGCUAGAAUUCAAAGGACAACCAUUUCAUCAAGAAUCAAACAUAUACGGACUCGUUACCCUUCAAACACCUUCUAUUCGCCGAUCAUCAACAGAGAAUGGAUCAUCAUCAUUAUCACGUGUUCCAAUUGAUCUUAUUUGUGUUGUUGAUCAAAGUGCAUCCAUGUCUGGUGCCAAAAUGAUCUUAUUAAAACAAACAUUAAUGUAUAUUACUGAACAAUUGACCGAUCUCGAUCGAUUGGCCAUUAUUUCAUUUGAUAACCAUGCUUAUGAUCGGUCUCAUGGAUUGAAACGAAUGAAUGAAAACAAUAAACACAUAUUGAACAUGGUGAUCAAUGAUGAUAUUGAAGAUGGAUUUUCUACGUAUAUCGGAUGCGGUUUAGAAAUGGGCGUUGAAAUGUUCAGACGUCGUCAAACAAAAAAUCCCAUAAGUGCUUUAUUCUUACUCACUGAUGGUCAAGAUGAUGAAGUACACGAUUAUUCUCAUGUCAUAAGAAGAUUGCCUGAAGAUGUAGUUUGUCAUACAUUUGGCUAUGGAUCAGAUCAUGAAGCUGAUUUAUUAGUACAACUUACAGAACAAGGCAAUGGCGGCACUUUCACUUACAUUGAUAAACAUGAAGCUGUGGGUCCAGCAUUUGCCAUGGCACUGGCUGGUCUAUUGACGUGUGUGGCACAAAAUAUUCGUAUUAAUCUUGAAUUCAAUGGCGAGUACAAAGUGAUACAUGCUGAUUCCAUAUAUAAAUAUGAACCUGAACGACUACCCUCUUCGAAGAUUACUUUCAAGUUAAACGAUCUCAACGCUGAUGAAAAACGAAAUCUCGUUUUUCAGCUAUAUGUACCUAAAGUGAAAAACAAAUCUUCUUCAGAAUAUCACUAUCGAGAACAACAGCAAUCUGUCUCAAAUCAUGUAAUUGGUCAAGUCUCAGUCCGCUAUGUUGAUCCGAAGAGUGGCCGUACGUUAACUACAAUACCUGUUCCGUUUCAUCUCAUUCGAGCGUCAAAUCUAUCAUCUGAGCACCUUCGAGUUAGUUAUACAAUUGAUCUUCAACGAAAUCGCAUAGAAACUGCACUUGCACUCAAACGAGCUAUGACUGAACAAAAUUAUAGUCGAUCGCUCGCCUUGCUCAAAAAUCAAGUUGAAAAUAUUAAGACUAGUGUCUCAGCUCGAGAUCCAUUCUGUCAACAACUAAUUAAAGAUCUUGAACACCGCUAUCCAACUGAACGAGAUUAUCGUUCGGCACACUACAAUGCUUACAUGCAGCAUGCAACUGAACGUGGUACAUAUUCCACAGCAACAAAUUCUAGUUCACAAAUUUAUGAAAGUGUGCAUCAGCAGAAUCAAAGGGCUCGUUAUCAAAGAAAAUAUACAUAA